UAUAACACUUUUUAUACAUUUAUUAAUAUAUUAUUGUUAUUAUAAUUACUAUUAGUUGUAAUUAAUUUAGUUUUAAUAAUUAAAAUUGUAUUAUUAAUUGUGAACUAAACCAAAGCACAGGUGCAACAAAUGCUGUGUAACAAAGCGUUGACAUAAUAGGUGUGAAUGCGUUGAUACUACUGACCAUCGAUGGCUGACGAAGACCUGAUGGCCAACAGCUGCGAUGGUGUGGUCGACGGCGAGCCCAAGACAUCGUCUCCCGAAGAGAAGGCGACGGCGCUGUUGGACGGCCUGAGACGCCGUAUGAGCGCCGCCGCCAUCGAUGACCAGCGCUCAGACGAUAUGAGUCGACUCCAGACCACUGUUUUGCCGUUGGAUCGCUUCAAACAAUGGGUCUAUUGUAUAGCUAUCGUGGCUUUCGAUAUCGAAUUGGGACAAACCAUUCAGCAAUUAUAUCCGGCGUCCGUUAAACUAACAGAACGGGAGACAUCAAACAUAUGUUACCUAUCGUUCCCGGACUCCAACUCCGGCUGUAUGGGCGACACUCAGUUCCACUUCCGGACCCGUCUCUGUCCUAUCCAUCGCAAGACUCUCUCCAUUUACAAAGAGUACAAUAAGAACUGCUUUCAAUCAUUACAAGUGGACGGCACCCACUUCUAUGGUUACGUAUACUUCCGUCAGGUGAAGGACAGGACCGCCCGACGCGGCUAUUUCCAGAAGUCGUUGGUUUUGUUGACUCGACUGCCAUUCGUACGGCUCUUCACUCACGUCAUACAACUGAUGGCUCCGCAGUUCUUCGAGUGCGGCGACGCCAGUCUCGAGGCCGCGUGUCACGACAUCGACCAGUGGCCGGCGCCCACACCCGGCGCCACACUUAACCUCCCGCUGAUGGGUGUUGUGCUCCAGAUAACGGUUCCCAAUCGUAACGAAAAGUUAAACCACUCGCCAAACACUGAGAACCCGUGCCCAUCGGUCAGCAUAACAUCACUGGCCGGCAAUCCUGCCGCUAUCACCUCGUCGUCGCACCCGUCACUCAACCCCUACCCCAUAGUCAUACCCUCCGUCUACGAGCUAAACAUAUACAAGUCUUUGGCGCCGAUCGUCACACACAUACAACUACUCUGGGAACUGAUACUCACGUGCGAACCAAUCACUGUCAUGGCCUCCACGCCCGACGUGUGCUCUGAGACCGUUCAGUCGUUGGUCAGUCUGAUUCUGCCCCUCAAAUACGGCUCCGAUUUUAGGCCAUUCUUUACGAUUCACGACUCGGAGUUCAAGGAAUAUACGACUAAAACACAAUCGCCUCCACCUAUCAUUCUGGGCGUUACGAACCCAUUCUUCGCCAAAACUCUACAACACUGGCCACACAUUAUCCGUAUCGGCGACUACGGGUCGGCGAAUAACAACCAAAAGACUAAAAUCAAAAAGUCUGGACUCAUAAAGACGUUGGACUCGAAGACCGGUGUCUACACGAAGUACCGGCCGUUCCUACAAAAGGAUCGCGAAAUACUCAAAAAAUUGGUCAAAGGGGUGGAGAGUCGGCGCCCAUCGGAGGUCCAGUCGGCGCUAUUGCGACGAUUCUUCACAGAACUGACGCAAUCGUUUCUCAUACCACUCGAGCGGUACUUCGCGUCACUGAUGCCGCUCCAGAAGAAUGUGUCGCCAUUCAAGCGGACGCCUAUUCUGCAGCACUUCCGUCCGGACGACUUUCUCCGAUCACUUGAGACGUCUGGACCGCAGCUGACGUCCGGAGUGAAGGGCGACUGGACUGGACUCUACACUAAGUUCCUCCGGUGUCCGAACUUUGUCUGCUGGUACGACACGCGGCUCCGGGAGGCCAACCAGAAGUUGCGCGUACUUCACAUGGAGGCCAUAUCGGCGGCCAAUCUGACCGAUUGGAUCCGCGACAAGGCUGAGGUCGAAGUGGUGGACCUGAUUCUGCGCCUUAAGGACAAACUGUCUGCCGUCGAAAGCGAUGGCCUUCCACUCAAUGGCGAAACGGUCGACAAAUUGCGCGCAAAUCUCAACCAAUUGAUCGAUACUCUGCCCGAAGACCUGAAGGCUAUUCUUAACAAAACAUAAUAUUUAUUUCAUUUGUAUUUUAUUUUUUUCGCAUUAGUUAUGGCUUUUCAUUGAAAACACAAACAAAUCAUUUAAUUUUGUAUUUAAAUUGAAACGAAAAUAUAAGACAAUUACGUUAACCAUUGAUUGAAAUAAAAUGUCAAACCAGACAAUAGAUUGUCAAA